ACAGCCCGUCGCGGCCAGGCGGGGCACCCGGGACCGCGGCGCUGCCGGACACGUGAGUGCGCCCUGCGCGCCGCCCGGCCGAGGUGUGCCGGAGACCCCGGCUGCGUGCGCAGAGCGAGAGCGGUAGCGACUUUGAAGUGCGGAGGGAGCCUCGGCGCGCUCCCAGUACGGCUGACGUUCCCCUCGCCAACCGCACCCAUGCUUCUGGCGCGGAUGAAGCCGCAGGUGCAGCCCGAGAACGGCGGGGCGGACCCGGGGCCGGAGCAGCCGGGGCAAGGGCGCAAAGCCGCGGAGCUGUUGGUGGUGAAAGAGCGCAACGGCGUCCAGUGUCUCCUGGCGUCCCGCGAUGGCGACGAGCAGCCCCGGGAGACCUGGGGCAAGAAGAUCGACUUCCUGCUGUCAGUGAUCGGCUUCGCGGUGGACCUGGCCAACGUGUGGCGCUUCCCCUACCUCUGCUACAAGAAUGGUGGCGGUGCCUUUCUGAUCCCGUACACCCUGUUUCUUAUCAUUGCUGGGAUGCCCCUGUUCUACAUGGAGUUGGCUCUGGGCCAGUACAACCGAGAAGGGGCAGCCACAGUGUGGAAGAUCUGCCCGUUUUUCAAAGGAGUUGGCUACGCUGUGAUCCUCAUCGCCAUCUACGUUGGCUUCUACUACAACGUCAUCAUCGCCUGGUCUCUCUACUACCUCUUCUCCUCCUUCACCCUCAAGCUGCCUUGGACUGACUGCGGCCACGCCUGGAACAGCCCCAACUGCACCGACCCCAAGCUCCUCAACAGCUCUGUGCUGGGCAACCACACCAAGUACUCCAAGUACAAGUUCACGCCGGCAGCAGAGUUUUACGAGCGUGGCGUCCUGCACCUUCACGAGAGCGGCGGGAUCCACGACAUCGGCCUGCCCCAGUGGCAGCUCUUGCUGUGUCUGAUGGUCGUCGUUGUCAUCCUGUUUUUUAGCCUCUGGAAAGGAGUGAAGACAUCAGGAAAGGUGGUGUGGAUCACGGCCACGCUGCCCUACCUCGUGCUGUUUGUGCUCCUGGUCCAUGGCAUCACGCUGCCUGGUGCCUCCAACGGCAUCAACGCCUACCUGCACAUCGACUUCUACCGCCUGAGAGAGGCCACGCCUCCUCCAGUUCACUGUCCUACCCAGAGACACAGACUAAGUGAAGAUGGGGUGAACGCGGAGUGGAGUCCGCAGCAGUGGAACGAGGCUGGGAUCAGAGUGUUGGAGGUGUGGAUCGAUGCAGCGACUCAGAUAUUUUUUUCCUUGGGGGCUGGAUUUGGAGUCCUGAUUGCAUUUGCCAGUUACAACAAAUUUGACAACAACUGCUACAGGGACGCCCUGCUCACCAGCACCAUCAACUGUGUCACCAGCUUCAUCUCUGGGUUCGCCAUCUUCUCCAUCCUUGGUUACAUGGCCCAUGAACACAAGGUCAACAUUGAGGACGUUGCCACCGAAGGAGCCGGCCUGGUUUUCAUCCUGUACCCAGAAGCCAUUUCCACCCUGUCGGGAUCCACAUUCUGGGCUGUCGUGUUCUUCAUCAUGCUUCUGGCUCUGGGAAUUGACAGCUCGAUGGGAGGCAUGGAGGCCGUCAUCACAGGCCUGGCAGACGACUUCCAGGUCCUGAAGAGACACCGGAAACUCUUCACAUUUGGUGUCACCUUUGGAACCUUCCUUCUGGCCCUGUUCUGCAUAACCAAGGGCGGGAUAUACGUGCUGACCCUGCUGGACACCUUUGCGGCGGGGACCUCCAUUCUGUUUGCCGUGCUCAUGGAAGCCAUCGGAGUCUCCUGGUUUUAUGGUGUGGACAGGUUCAGCAACGACAUCCAGCAGAUGAUGGGGUUCAAGCCAGGCCUGUACUGGAGACUGUGCUGGAAGUUCGUGAGCCCCGCCUUCCUCCUGUUUGUGGUGGUGAUGAGUGUCGUCAACUUCAAGCCACUCACCUACGAUGACUACAUCUUCCCGCUCUGGGCCAACUGGGUUGGAUGGGGCAUCGCGCUGUCCUCCAUGGUCCUGGUGCCUGCCUACAGCAUCUACAAGUUCUUCAGCACGCGGGGCUCCCUUCGGGAGAGGCUGGCCUAUGGCAUCACCCCGGAGAACGAGCAUCACCUGGUGGCCCAGAGGGAUGUCAGGCAGUUCCAACUGCAGCACUGGCUGGCCAUCUGAGCCCCAAGGAGGGACCCUGCCGUGCCGACGUCCAGGUCCAAGGCUUUGCUGCCACCCCGGACACAGUCUUGGGACUCCUCUCCCGA